CAAAGCUGCCAUUGAGAACAACGUAUUUUCGUGACAAAAAAACAAAUCGCAGGCAAAUUUUUAUAAAAUUGACAUAUAAAAGCAUCCCGAAAUGCCGCAAAACUUUACCCGCAACUGCCUUAAUGCACACGACCAACAAGUACUUGAUUCCAUUUUUAAUCCCUUGGAGCUGACCUCGAGCGUGGCGCAAGUAAUUCAACCCGAGUCUAGUGCCGAGCUGGUCGAUAUCGAAGCAGACAGUGCAGAGGUGCACCAGUCCAAAGCUCUCGAAGUGAGCGCAAUCAAAUUGGCAGAGGAGGGUCAGUUGUCGGAGGCGCUACAGGUGUUUGAACAUGCGUUCAACGUCGCGCCAACACGCGCCUCUGUUUAUAAUAAUCGCGCACAGGCGUUGCGUCUGGCAAACCGAGAUGAGGAUGCUCUAGCCGAUCUCAACAAAGCGAUUGAACUCGCCAUCGAGCUCCCGCGUACUAAAUGUACUGCUCUGUGCCAGCGAGGUGUCCUUUACAGAAAGCAGAAUAAUUUGGACGCGGCACGUAAAGAUUUCGAGGCGGCAGCGCAAUUGGGCAGCAGUUUUGCCAAAACACAGCUGGUGGAGAUCAAUCCAUUUGCGGCACUUUGCAAUCAAAUGUUGCGUCAGGCAUUCGAUCAAUUGAAGUAGAAUUUAUUAUUGAUACGGAAUUUAGAAUAAAAAUGUGGGCACUCCACAACAAGUGAAGAGGAAUAAAAUGAAGACAUUAACUAUUUUAA